AUGAAUACAGUAGUCGUCAGUCUUUUUCUCGUGACACUUUUACAUGCAGGCAGGAUAACCCGAUCCAUCACUGCUACUCAUGUUUCUACAUCAACGGUGGCUCCACUACAUAGCAACAACUCAUUCGUGAAUCCAGCCAUUUUAUCUCCUAAACUAGACGUUGAAAAGGAGCUAACCAAGAUUGCCGCCAUCUGUCUCACCGAAGCAGAAUACGAAGAGUCAUCAGGAAAUGUUGUUAGAUACUUCUACGCUCGAGCCCUUUCGAUAGCUUUGCUGCAGCAGAGCGUUUGUAGCAUAGGCCUGGGGGAAUUGCGCGCAAUUUUCAAUUUUUCACCUCUUCGUCCCUGGACGAUAUACAAUUAUACAGAGCCGAGUGAGGUGGAACUACGAGAUGCACCCACUCUAGAGGCAUAUUAUGAUUUGAGAGAACCGAUCUCUCCACAGAGCAGCCUCAGCGGUUCUCACUUGUUUGAGCAUAAUAUGCCUGCCGGUAUCGCAUUUGUGGAUUCUCACUUCCCGUCCAUACGCGCUAUAUUCCGGCAGAUAUUCAAAGAGAAAUAUCCCAAAACAGGAUCGAUAGAUAAGAAGACAGUAGAUUUUAUGAUCGACCGAUACUCUGACAUUCGUUCUAAAAUAUAUAAAGCAAUUGAUAAAAUGAUAUUCAACUGUUGA